AAUUUUAUGUUUUUAAAUGAAAGUUAUUGCCAAAAAUUUUUUUCAAACAAUUUGGGCGUUAGUUUAAGUUACGAUAUAAAUAAAAAUCAGUAAUAAAUGAUUGUAGACCGGAUCUUAAAACAUAAAAUUUACUUAAAUAUUUAAGAAAUGGGUUGCCCAUGGCAAGAAUGUUUUGACGAAUCAACAGGUUAUCCAUAUUACUGGAAUGUGAACACGAAUGCGGUAACAUGGGAAAUGCCACCAGAAUAUAAAUUAGCAUUAAGUACAAAUUCAAUAGAAAAUACUCCACAACUAUUAUCUCCACAACUUAAACCAAGUAUAUCCGCUACGAAAAUUUUACCGACUUCAUCAAAAACUACAUCAAUUUUAUCAAAAACACACCCAAAAGAUCAUAAAAAGAAACCAUCAGUGGUAUCAAAACGAUCACAUCGAAAGUCGAGUGAAUCAGAAGAUGAAAAAAUUGAAUUGAUAACGUCGUAUGGUGAAGAAUCUGAAUCCGAAGAUGAAAAUCCAAUUACGAAAAAAACACAAAGUAAACGUAAUAAAGUCACAUUACCUGUACCGAAAACGACAACCGUAGAAAUACCUAAAGUUCCAUUUGGAUCAACAAUGAUAUACCGAAUACAACCCGAACCACAAGUCAUUAAACCACAAAAAACGGAUACAACAGAAAUGCUCGAUUAUAAUUUAAAACCUCCUCCACCACAAUUCCAUGACAUUCGAGCAUUAGUUAAUAAAUUCCAUCGAGAAAAUGAAAUGAAAAAGGCAGAUGACGCCAUCACCAGCAGUAGUAGCGCAAUCCCAGUGGAUUCGGAUACAUUAAUUUUAAAUCAAUUACGUAAACAAGCACAAAUUUUACAAGAACUAGGCGGUGAAGUAUCACAAGAUGUUGAAAAAUUAAUAAAACCUGUGACAGUAUCGUCCCCAUCGUCAACGAGCCCAACACCACAAAUUGAUGAUAUUAUUGCACAAAUUGAAAAAGAACAACCGCCUGAUUUAAAAAAGAAAGACGUGACCAGCACGUCUAGUAAACCGUUAAUUUCAUUAGUGGCGGGCUAUGGCGACGAUUCAGAGGAAGAGGAUGAAGAUGAUAAGAAGUCUGAUACAUCGACAGAAAUUAAUCAAAUACCUGUAAAAAGUUUGUUUCCAAUCACUGAAAGUGAUGUAGACAGUACCGUGGUAUCAUUGCAGCUAAAAACUGUUGGGAAUGUUACGGAAACAUUACAGCACAUUGAAACCGAUCUCAAAGCUACAGAAGCUUCAAAGGAAAAUUCUGAGCCUUCUGAAAAUCAAUCAACUACUUUACUAGAAUCAAUACCAGAAGAAUUCGAUUCAAAAGUAUUUAAACGAAAACGUCGUAUUGCAUUAGAUGUCCUUCCAACAAAAAUUAAAAAAACUGAACUUGUUAAUAAUUUUGAUAGUGAUCUUCUUCCAUCAUCCUCCACUCAUAUUGGUUUUGGUUUUCAACAACAAACCACUACAGAAUCUACAAUAAAUACCACCACAGUAUCGUCAACAACGUCGUCGUGUACGUCUACAACGAAUCCGUCGUCAACAGUAACAGCAGUAACAGCAUCUGAUUCAAAUAAUAAAUAUGGUAUUUCAUUUGUUAAAGCUGAAACAAUAAAUAUGCCAAAAGAGUGUUCUGAGAAAAUUAUGGAAAAUAAUGAAAAUAUUGAUGGCUUAGAUGAUAUGGCUUCGUUGUUACGUGAAAAAGUGCAAUUUUUAGAAGUUGGUAAAGAACCAAUAACACCGAUUCAAGUCAUGUUAAUUAAAUUAGAUACAUUACUCGAAGCACAUGGGAAAAAAGGUGUAACAAAUCAAUACUUAUACGAUUGGCUAAAAGAAACAAAUACCGAAUUAAGUAAAUUGGAACAAGAAGCCGCACCUACGGGCUGGUGUUGUCAAUGGGACAGAUUGAACAAACGGUAUUUCUAUCGGAAUCAACAAACUGGGCAUAUACAAUGGGAAUAUCCAACUGACACUGAUAUUGUUGGCGGAGCUGAAGCAAUGGAUAUCUGUACAACACCACCGCCACCAGAAGACGAUGUGCCAGAGCAGCAGCAGCAACAACAACAACAACCUCCUCAGCCACCGUUACCCGCAGCAAUACCAACGGUGCCAGGACCACCUUUACCUACUACACCGCCUAAAAGUCCAGUAGAAGUGCGUGUAAAAUCACCUAAAACACCACCACCUCCACAAAUACGUGAAAAAAGUCCAAGCCCACCUCCACCGCCACGAAUUAGUGCAUUUGAUAAUGAUACAGGAGAUUUAAAUUCAGAACGUGUAUCACCAUCACCGACGGCUGGUAUUUCACAACCUUUACCUCCAGGCAUCGAUUCACCAUCGGAAGUUUCGUUUGGUGUUUCUGAAGUCUCUAAAAAUGGUUUGCAUAAAAAUAACGUUGAUAAAAAUAAUAGUUUAGGCUCUGAAUUGGAAUCGUUUUAUUCAGACAUUGCAUCUCUGGAUGCAACUAGUUCCACAACUACUGAGACACAUGAAACUCCUGUAAUAAAUAAUAUUGAAACACGACCAAUAGCUCCUCCAGUCCAGGAUAAAUUAAUACAAGAAGUCAAAAAGAAGAAAAAGAAAACAAAAUUAGGUAGCGGUUUAACAUUAAAGAAAAAAGAAGUAUCAUUGUUGGUAGAAAAAUGGAAAAAAGUCCAA